CAUCAAUAUUAUUGUCUCAUUUACCCUAUUCUUGCUUCAAUUCACAUCCCCAUAUUCUAUGUAUUUUCAAGAAUCCAUUUCACUACACACCCACAAAUCAAGCUCAAAUCUUUGAUCUAUUUUCACAAUCUUUAUCCAAAAGGGUCUCAAUUUCUCAACAAAAGUUCAAAUCUUUUCCUUCCAAGAUCCCAUUUUCUGCAAUUUGGUAACAUGGGUAAGGUAGCAGUAGCGGCCACGGUGGUCUGCGCCGCCGCUGUGACCGCGGCGGCGGUGGUUGUGGUCCGGCACCGGAUGAAGAACUCCGGCAAGUGGGCAAAAGCUAUGGAGAUUUUGAAGGAGUUUGAGGACAAGUGUGGAACUCCGGUUUCAAAACUCCGGCAGGUUGCUGACGCCAUGACGGUGGAGAUGCACGCCGGACUUGCUUCCGACGGUGGUAGUAAACUCAAGAUGUUAAUCAGCUAUGUUGACAAUCUUCCCACUGGGGACGAAACGGGAAUUUUCUAUGCCCUUGAUCUUGGUGGUACAAACUUUCGUGUUCUUCGUGUGAAAUUAGGCGGAGUAGGAAACGUGAAAAAAGAAUUUAAAGAAGUUUCAAUCCCUCCAAAUCUCAUGAUCGGGAAAUCUGAGGAUUUAUUUGAUUUUAUUGCGGGAGAACUUGCAAAAUUUGUGGCUACUGAGGAUGAAGAUAUGCAAAUUCCACCUGGCACGCAGCGAGAAUUAGGGUUUACCUUUUCGUUUCCGGUUAAACAAUCGUCAAUUGCAGGAGGGACUCUUGUAAGAUGGACAAAAGGCUUCAAUAUCGAAGAUGCAGUUGGGGCGGAUGUUGUAGAAGAGUUGACAAAAGCGAUGGAAAGGGCUGGCCUUGAUAUGCGUGUUUCGGCUUUGGUGAAUGAUACGGUUGGAACGUUAGCUGGAGGGCGAUAUGGUAAUUCCGAUGUCAUUGCCGCUGUAAUAUUAGGUACAGGAACUAAUGCAGCGUAUGUGGAGCGUGCGAAUGCAAUCCCUAAAUGGCAAGGUCUUCUUCCUAAAUCAGGAGAGAUGGUUAUAAACAUGGAAUGGGGCAACUUCCGGUCAUCACAUCUUCCUUUGACCGAGUAUGAUGAAGGUCUUGAUGGUGAUAGCCUGAACCCUGGAGAGCAGAUAUAUGAGAAACUGAUUUCCGGAAUGUAUUUGGGGGAAGUUGUGAGACGAGUCUUGUUAAAGAUGGCGGAAGAAGCCGAGCUUUUUGGAGAUACUGUGCCAUCCAAACUCCAAAAGCCCUUUAUAUUAAGGACCCCUGAUAUGUCUGCGAUGCAUCAUGAUUCCACUCCGGAUCUCAAAGUGGUUGCAACCAAGUUGAAAGAUAUCCUCGAGAUAUCCAACACUUCUCUAAAGACGAGAAAAGUAAUUGUGGAAGUCUGUGACCUUGUGGCAACUCGUGGUGCUCGUCUCUCAGCGGCUGGAAUCCUAGGAAUCCUCAAAAAAAUUGGAAAAGAUACUUGCAAGGAAGGAGAAGAAAACCAGAAAUCAGUAAUAGCAAUGGACGGCGGGCUGUUUGAACACUACACCAAGUUCCGAAAAACAAUGCAAGAUACCAUGAAUGAAUUGUUAGGUGAAGAAAUUUCCAAAAACAUCAUUGUCGAGCUAUCGAAUGACGGGUCGGGUCUCGGUGCGGCUCUUCUUGCAGCGUCUCACUCACAGUAUCUCGAAUAUAUAGAGUCCACAUAAAUUUGUGGUAUUUUUUUUGUACAUUUGUUUCGGCGUUUUUGGAUCUUCGUUUUGUUUUGUUUUGUUUUGUUUCCUGAUGUCUGUUCCCAUUAAAUUAUGGGCUAUUCUAGUGUCGCAUGGACUUGUAUGUUGUUCACAUGUUUUAAGAUAUAUUAGCGAAUAAAGCGAGGUUUUAGAACUUUA